AUGGCGGGCAGUGCCCCCAAGUACCGUCAUCUCAGCCGGAAAUCGUCCCACCGACAGGCAUUGCUGCGGAAUCUUGUGACUUCGCUGUUCAAGCAUGAGUCGAUCACGACGACGUGGCCCAAGGCCAAGGAGGCACAACGACUAGCUGAAAAACUCAUUACGCUGGGGAAGAAGAACACAGAGGCCGCUAGGAAGAAGGCACUGCAAACAUUUUAUCUACUAACACACUACCUCCUCUCCUGCCAGAACCCUCACGAGCUCAUCCCCAAGCUCUUUGGGCCUCUCCGGGAGCGCUACGCCAACCGCCCCGGUGGAUACACGCGGGUCCUCCGCGUCGAGCCCAAGAAGGACGACCAGGCUCCCAGUGCGAUUCUGGAACUCGUUGACGGGCCCAAGGAUAUGCGGUUCGCGAUGACGGCGAAGACGAUAGCACGGCAACGAAUGCAGGGCAUCCAAACCCUCAACGAGCUGACGGCCUUGAACGUUCGCAAGGUCACGCAGUUCCGGAAGGACGGCGUCGAGGAGCUCGAGAAGAUGAUCAAGAAAUUCGAAAUGAGAGAGAAGAGGAAGAUGUCCGAAAAAGAACAAAAAGAAGAAGAGGGAGAAGAAGAAUAG